AUGCCCGCACUCAUAUGCCCUGCUCGCGCUGUCGCGCAGCAGGACCACGCCCAGCGGAGCGGCGAAGGCAUGCGAAUACGGCACGGUAAGCUGCUUUUCCCAGGAGGUCGCUCGGCGACUGCUGACCGUCAAUACUGGGAUAGCCAGCGGAGCAGCUUUGACACGGGCUUGGGCGUCAGUCCAAGAAGCAACAUAUCUGUACCAAGCAACCACCUGGAAAAUAUUGAACUGCAGCAGUUCAGUCCGCAAGACAUGAUUGCGCCACAGUCGGUAAUGCACUCAAUGUCGGUGAACAUGAGAGAGGACUCUCCGAUUUUCCUGGGUGAUUCGGACGUGUCCGAUCCAAAGGGCGAUAUCAUCUCGCGUGGAAUCAUAAGCGAGGAGGAUGCCCGGUGCAUUUACGAAAGAUUCAUGAACUGUAGCAAGAACUUCUUACCUCUGUUUGACCCGGUCCGAGAUACCUUCGACUCUAUCCGGUCGCGAUCGCUCUUCUGCUUCACGGUGAUUAUCUACCUGGCGAGUCGUGCAGCGUCAGAUUUCCGGGCGGACACUCAUCUGCAACGGGUGCUACAGGAUGAAGCACAGCGAUUGGCAGAAGACUCCUUCUUUGCAAAACCAACCAAGCUGGAGACUGUUCAAGGGAUGAUUCUCCUUGCGGCGUACUCAGAAAAGACCUGGUUUUCGACCGCGCUCAUUCUCCGGACCGCGUUGGAUCUAGGUCUUGAAAAGUCUCUUGACACCCUGCUGGCUCAAAGCUCACCACCGAGAAGCUACCUAUCGGCGCGGAUGGAGGACCGACAGCUCGUUUGGCAGACACGCACGUGGCUGAUUUCGUCCACUCUCGAAUUGGACGUCGCUAGUGGAACAGGGCGGAAAUCACGCCUCGGCGAUGUUGAUAUCUCGAAGCUGCGAAAAUUUCUUGAUUACCCUCUAUCUCUUCAUAGUGACAUGCGGACCGUUUCUAUUAUUGAAUACCAUCAGAUCCGAACAAGAGGGCGGCAGAUAAUCGAGAACUCAGCAGCCGCUCCGAUCAUACAUACAGAGCUUCCAGCAAUCAUGCGGAAGCUCCAGCAAUGGUGGGAGGAAUGGGAUGAGCUACACCAUCCUAGAAUACAGAAACUGCAGCAGACCCCGGAAGGUGAUCAAGGCAUCAGCUCUGAUGCUGUUCUAGGGCUAUGGAAGUCACUGGUCGAGGUAAUCGAGAGUCAGUUGACGCUAUUAGUGACGGAGUCGGCUUAUCGAUGCCAACUGGUCUGGGCCCCGACUUACCCAGCCCUAACUAUUGCUUUCAUCACAACGUUCGCCAUCAGGGUGGCGCGUUGGCAUCCUACACUAAUUAACCGGCGAUUGGUUCUGCAGCGUGUCCGGCAGAUCCUGGAGUAUCUCAAGCAGCCACCCUACCCUGACAUUCACAGAACAGUUCAGAUAUUUGUCAACUACGCUGGUGCUCUCCUCGCGGAACAAGACCUAUGUAACGACCAUGGUCAAGCGAUUGCCGCUCAACCGUCAAGAACUCCGGAGGUGAAUAGCACGCCUAGGUCGGAGUUCACCACCAGCAUUCCUGAGCAAGCUGCUGAGAACCCAAUGAUACGGAUGGAUAAGGACACGGAUCUGACCGCUCCUUUGCCAUCGGAGUCGAGGCCUGAACCAGUUCUGCCUAGGCUUCUGGGAUUCGAUAUCCCAAACUGGAAUCUAACUGCACCGAUCGCCGACUCGUUUGACCUGUUUGAGGAAGGCCAAACAGACAUCUUUGACUUUCUUCCUGACCUAUGCCGGACAUAA